AUGGUAAAUCUGUUGAAUUUGGAGACAACUGAAGAUAAGUUUGUCGGAGAAUAUUUCCGUAUUCAUCCUCCAACCCGGAGUCAGGAUUCAUCCUCCAAUACAGAGAUAAAGAGAACAGGAUACAAAGCACAGGAUACAGGCAACAGGAUACAAGGAACAGGAUACAGAGAACAGGAUACAGAGAACAGGAUACAGAGAACAGGAUACAAGGAACAGGAUACAGGGAACAGGAUACAGGGAACAGGAUACAGGGAACAAGAUAAAGGGAACAGGGUACAGGGAACAAGGAUAGCUCAAAGGAUUGAGUUUGUUGAUAAAAUUUUAAAGAAAAGAACCCCGGAGUCAGUGAUCCCUCCAACUGAAGCUUGCAUAGAGUGGAUGUGUGACAAGAACCUUGUGUGGGAGAGAAGGGAAGUAAUGCAGAAAGAGGUUUGGAUAUUUUAUGCUCUCCCUGGACAAAGCAUAAAAUCUUGGGAUAAAUGUGUAAAGGAUGAAAUGAAUCUGUAUGAAGAAAAGAAUUACACAAUAUCUAAAAUUGGUGUUUUUUCAACAUUAGUUGUAAGUAACAAUAGCAGGGUGUUCUUUAGACCUAGUACUCCAUGUUACAAUAAAGGAGGUGCAUUCCUUGACAAAGUAAUUGUAAACAUCCUAAAUAAUACUUUUGACUGGGCCCAAGCCAACUUUCUUUAUGACACUUAUUGUAGCGAGAAGAAUCUUGAAUCUGAAGGUAACCCCCAAAAUGAGACUACGACUCCUGCCAUGGAUCCAUCUAUGAUGAAGGAAAAUACUUCUGAUCCAAGUGUUUUUCCAGACAGUAAUUCUACUAGCCCAAUCAACAUUUCUAUCAACAUAUUUGGUACUUCCACGUCCAUUCCAGAUGUUCCUGCUGAUGUGCAUAAAGAUAAUAUUGGGAACUCAAAUAUUACUCCUACUGAUCCAAUAAUUGAUUCCUUCCUCCUCAUUCAAGAAAAUAUUACAGGAGUUGUAAGCAAUGUUUCCAUUGUAACAACUAUAAAAACCUUUACUGUGCAGGAUGUCAAGGACUUAUCUGAUGAUAUCUCAAAUUAUGGAAAUGAUAAUGCUGCUUUAAACAACUCUAUUGCUAUAUACAGGAUUCCAAUUGUUGGUGUAAUCAACACUUUUUCUUCUAUGCUUGCCAUUAAAAGUGAAAAUCUGAUUAAUGUUCCCAUUGAAGGAAUUAUCAACAUUACCUCUGUCAUAAAUGAUGGUGAAAGUGAUCUGAAUAACAUUCCUUUUGACGGGAUCAUUGAAAUAACAACUUCUCUUGUACCGGAUAUUAAUGAUAUUGAUAAAAAAAAUGUUCCUUUCACUGGAUUUAUAAAUAUUACCUCUUCAUCUUUAAACAAUACUUCAAAUGAUCUUUAUAACAUUCCCAUAAUGGGAUUUAUUAAAAACACCCCAUCUUUAUCAAACAUUGGUGUUAGUGAUAUAAACAUUUUAAUUGCUGGAGUUAUCAACAUUACCUCUGAAAUGUCCACCACACUAAUUGGGAAUCAAAAUAACAGCACUGCUGGAAAAAGUCUUGGCCACUUAGGCACAUUAGCUGGUAAUGAAUUAAAAAAACUGCCUAAUUUGUCAUCAAAACCAUCUACAGAACCAACCACACAAAAAAUAUCUAAAACAUCCACAGAGCUAUUUGAAAUUGAGUUCCAGUUAUCAGUUCCAACACCUUUGGAACAAUCUGAUCUCUUACUAGAAGAAAUUAAAACUCAGGGUGGUUUUAAUCCAAGUAAUGAUUUGACAGAUGAAAUUUUUCUAGAGGAACCACAUAGUGCAUCAACUACCAACGCUACAGAACCUAGAUUAUAUGGAUUAUACCUCUGAAUCAACAAAUACAAGUUCUGCCAACUUCACUGUAUUAAUUCCAGUGGUUAAUUCAAUAUCAGGCAAGAAUGAGAUGGAGAACUUUAUACUAAUAAUCAUACUAUUGGCUAUUGUAGUUUUAAUCUUUCUCAUUUGCUUUUGCGUGGCCAAGUACAAAAGUGUGGUUAACUUUAUUUUGUUUCAUAUGAGGAAAAAGACCUCUAAAAGACCUCUAAAAAGAGAUUCAAACAUAUCCAAUGUUACAAGCAUACAGGUUGAGGAUGCGAAGAAUACUAAAUUCCAAGACAAGAUAAAUGAUUAUGAUAGUGGACGAGGAAGUGUAGAUACCAAGGAUGAAGAUUCAUUUAUCAAACAUAUUCAAGGGGAUGGAUAUAAUCAGUACCAAUAUAUGAAUGGAUCAAGCAGCAUUAGCAGGAGAGAAAGCAAUUUCAAAUUUAAAGAUAAGCGUGAUAUAAUAUAUGAAGAAAGUCUAUCAAAUCUCAGUACCAAUGAUUUGUUGAAUCAGCUCACUGUGGAAGAUUUAGAAAGACCAAAUCUUCAACCACAGGCAAAGAUUUGAUUAGAGCAUUUUUCACAGCUUUAAUUUAGUAAAUAAUAUAUAUAUCAUAGGUAAGAGAAGCUCCAAUUAGGUUUGUGAAUGAUGAUAUUAGUAUGAGUGAGAGCCUUGGAAGCGAACUAACACUUGAUGAUGAUUUUUGUUCUGACAUACCUGAGGAAGAUGAGCUAGAUUCCUCUAAUUCUAGUGGAGAUUUCAAGCAUACAUUCCCUUCCAGAUCAAUCAGUGAAUUAACAGAGAACAAAAUUGAUGAUAUUGUACCAUUCAAACAUACAAUCCCUUCCAGACCAAUCAGUGAAUUAACAGAGAACAGAAUUAAUGAUAUUGUACCAGGCAAUGCUGUAAAGAAUCUAAACAAUGAUAAUUUGCAAGCUAAAGGUGUGCAGAGGCAGCGCAAAAAUUGUGUUUUUCUAAUCAGCCCUUCCAAAGUCAGAAAAAAGACACCAGCACAACCAAAAACAUCAAAAUGGAAAGAAGUGGACAUUUUACACAUACUAAAUGAACAUAAACUAAAUAACAAAGCAGAACAUUUGGUAAGAGAGCAUGAUGACUGCUCUAAAGCACUACCAGGAAUAAACAAUGAAGAUCUCCAGAAUAAUGAUGAACAAAGUACUGUAGAUUUAACUACAAAGGCGCAAGUGAGUCAAAAUAAUGAAAAACUGGAUUUAGAACUUCUGAACACUGAUUUUUUCCUGGAAGAAUUUGAUAGUAAAAUAAAAGACCUACAAAAAUACCUUGAUGAUGAUGAUGAAAUAUAUGAUUUACAAGAAAAAGUGGACGAAAAUUCUAAUCUUAAGGUUUUUAGCUCCACAUCAGGGGAAAGCAACACCAAUGUAGAAUACAAAAUGAUUAUUGCUGGUAAUGAAUUUAACAACAGUUCAAGCAACCAUUCACCUCCCGAAAUAUUGGCUGCAUACAAGGAACCAGAUAUAACUUCAGAGAAGGCGGAGGUGAAAAAGAACUUGAACUAUCUCACAAAAAAAUCAAAUCUGGAAUCAAAAAAUGACAGAAACAAAUACCCAAGAAUGAAGGGGUCUGAGUCUUUUGAUUUUCAUCUGUCCCUGUCUGAAAUAAUGAUAUCUGAUUCUGAAUCAAUGGACAGAUCAACCGAUCGAUUUAUGGGACUAAAACGAAGAUCGAAUCAUGUGUCUCCUAGAAAACCUAAGAACAUUGUAAUAAACUAUCCAAGUCCACACAAACAUACCUCUAAGAAAUAUGACAACUGCGUCUGUUAUGUAGAGUAUUCAGGUUAAACCUAAGAGAUUGGAGACACAUCCUUCCAACAUAUUUGUUUUGUAUUUUGCAAUAAUGUGUAUUUGUGAAGUCAGUUUUAAAUAUUUUCAAAUGAAAAAUGUAUACUAAUUAAUGCUAAAGUAUGGGAAAGAAUAUUCCCAAAUUACAUAUUUUUAUAUAAAGGACUGCACAAUUUAUAUAUUUUUCUUUAAAUAACGUUUAAAGUGAGAGACGGCUAUGAACAUAUAUUAACUGAGAAUAUACUAUUUCAAAGAAAAACUUCAGGAUUCUUUGAUCCAAAUGAGACAUUUUUUGGUGUACAAUUCUUAAAUGAGAGCGUAAAGUUGUUUCAGUCAGCAGAAGAAACGUUGUUCUACAGCAACUGAUAAAAUAUUACA